AAUGACUCUCUCUGGGGAGAGAGAGGAGGGGGUCCCUGCCUCUAAAAUGAGUCUCUCUGGGGAGAGAGAGGAGGGGGACCCUGCCUCCAAAAUGAGACUCUCUGGGGAGAGAGAGGAGGGGGACCCUGCCUCCAAAAUGAGACUCUCUGGGGAACAUGACACCACAGCUAAAAGCCCAAUCAAGCAGGAGAGACCAGCCUCCCCUGUGCCCAGCGGUCUGUCCAUGAAGAGUGAGCGGUCUAUGGGUACACCUAUAUUGUUUAGAGAGGGAGACGUUUCUACUGAACAAAGAAACCAACAGGAGAGAUCAGAGUCAGAGAUUCUCAGUGGUCAGUCUUCCCAGAGUCAGCAAACAGACCUGGCCUCCAUAUUCAGUUUGCUUGAAGAGAAUAUUAUGACAUUUGUAAAGAACGAGCUGAAGAUGUUCAAGAGGAUUCUUAGUCCAGAACUCUCACAAGGCUUUGAGAGUCAGAAGCAGGAUAAGGAAGUGGAUGCUGAAGAUGAGAAGCAGGAGAGCAGUGCCAGAGAGGGGGCUCUGAAGAUCACACUGCACGUCCUGAGGAAAAUGAACCAGAAGGAGCUUGCUGACACACUGGAGAAAAAUGAGCUUGCUGUGAUUUGCCAACGUGAACUCAAAUCUAAUCUGAAGAAGAAGUUUCAAUGUGUAUUUGAGGGGAUCGCUAAACAAGGAAACCCAACACUUCUCAAUAAGAUCUACACAGAGCUCUACAUCACAGAGGGUGGAACAGGAGAGGUCAAUAAUGAACAUGAGCUGAGACAGAUUGAGACAACAACCAGGAAACAAGCAAGACCAGAGACUGCAAUCAAAUGUAACGACAUCUUCACACCCUUAACUGGACAAGACAAACCUAUCAGAACUGUGCUGACAAAGGGAGUCGCUGGCAUUGGAAAAACAGUCUCUGUGCAGAAGUUCAUUCUGGACUGGGCUGAAGGAAAAGCAAAUCAGGAUGUCCAAUUUGUUUUUUCCUUCCCUUUUCGGGAGCUGAAUUUGAUGAAAGAGAAAAAACACACUUUGAUUGAACUUCUCUAUCACUUCUCAAUGGAAACCAAAGAAUCAAGAAUCUCCAAAUACGACAAGUACAAAAUUCUGUUCAUCUUUGAUGGUCUGGAUGAGUGCCGACUCCCCCUAGACUUCCAGAAGAACAAGAUAUGUUGUGACGUCACCAAGUCAACCUCAGUGGAUGUUCUGCUGACAAAUCUCAUCAAGGGAAAUCUGCUUCCCUCUGCUCUCCUCUGGAUAACUACCCGACCUGCAGCAGCCAAUAAGAUUCCUUCAGGGUGUGUUGACCAGGUGACAGAGGUACGAGGGUUUAAUGACCCACAGAAGGAGGACUACUUCAGGAAGAGAUUCAGUGAUGAGGAUCUGGCCAGCAGAAUCAUCUCACACAUAAAGACAUCAAGGAGCCUCCACAUCAUGUGCCACAUUCCAGUCUUCUGUUGGAUUUCUGCAACAGUCCUUGAACACAUGUUGAAAUAUAAGAGAGAAGAGAUGCCCAAUACUCUGACUGAGAUGUACACACACCUUGUGGUGUUUCAUACAAAACAGAAGAAUGAAAAGUAUCUUGGGAAAGAAGAGAGAGGUCCAGACUGGAAUAAAGAGAGCAUUCUGUCACUGGGAAAACUGGCUUUUCAACAGCUUGUGAAUGGCAAUCUGAUUUUCUAUGAAGAAGACCUGAAAGAGGCUGGCAUUGAUGUCAAUGAAGCCUCAGUGUACUCAGGAUUGUGCACACAGCUCUUUAAAGAGGAAUGUGGGCUGUACCAGGACAAGGUGUACUGCUUUGUGCAUCUGAGCAUUCAGGAGUUUCUGGCUGCUGUAUAUGUGUUCCUCUCAUUCAGCAACAACAAUGAGAAUCUUAUGGCCGAACCUCAAACAACAUCCAGCAACGAUUGUCUACUGAAGACAGAAGUUACUGUCUACAAGAGUGCUGUGGAUAAAGCCUUACAAAGUGAGACGGGAAACCUGGACCUUUUCCUCCGCUUCCUUCUGGGCCUCUCACUGGAGUCCAAUCAGAAGCACUUACGAGGUCUACUGACAAAGACAAUAAGCAGCUCACAGAGUCAUGAAGAAACAGUCAAGUACAUCAAGGAGAAGAUCAGUGAAAAUCCCUCUCCAGAGAGGUGCAUCAAUCUGUUCCACUGUCUGAAUGAACUGAAUGACCAUUCUCUAGUGGAGGAGAUCCAAAGCUACCUGAGAUCAGGAAGUGUCUCCAGUGAUGAACUCUUACCUGCACAGUGGUCAGCUCUGGUCUUUGUGUUGCUGACUUCAGAAAAGGAGCUGGAUGUGUUUGACCUGAAGAAAUACUCCAGAUCAGAGGAAGGUCUUCUGAGGCUGCUGCCAGUGGUCAAAGCCUCCAGAGCUGCUCUGUUGUCAGGCUGUGGUGUCACAGAGGAAGGCUGUGCUUCUCUGGUCUCAGCUCUGAAGUCAAACCCCUCACACCUGAGAGAGCUGGAUCUGAGUAACAAUGACCUGAAGGAUUCAGGAGUGAAGCUGCUCUUUGCUGGACUGGGGAAUCCCCACUGUAAACUGGAGACUCUGAGGCUGUCAGGCUGUGGAGUCACAGAGGAAGGCUGUGCUUCUCUGGUCUCAGCUCUGAGGUCAAACCCCUCACACCUGAGAGAGCUGGACCUGAGUAACAAUGACCUGAAGGAUUCAGGAGUGAAGCUUCUCUCUGAUGGACUGGGGAAUCCCCACUGUAAACUGGAGACUCUGAGGCUGUCAGGCUGUCUAGUCACAGAGGAAGGCUGUGCUUUUCUCGUCUCAGCUCUGAGGUCAAACCCCUCACACCUAGAGCUGGAUCUGAGCUACAAUCACCCAGGAGACUCAGGAGUCAGACUGCUCUCUGCUAGACUGGAGGAUCCACACUGCAGACUGGAGAAACUCAAUGUGGAACAUGGUGGAGAGUACACAAUGAAUCCUGGGCUUAGAAAAUAUGCAUGUGAUCUCACACUGGACCCAAACACAGUAAACAGACUCUCUCUGUCUGAGGAGAACAGAAAGGUGACACGUGGGAGAGAGGAUCAGCCAUAUCCUAAUCACCCAGAGAGAUUUGGCUACAGGAAGCAGGUGCUGUGUAGAGAGGGUCUGACUGGGUGCUGUUACUGGGAGGUAGAGUGGAGUGGGAGAAGGGCUGCUAUUGGAGUGACAUAUAAAGGAAUCAGCAGGAGAGGAGAGUGUGAGGACAGUCUGAUUGGAUGGAAUGACAAGUCCUGGAGUCUGGUCUGCUCUGACAACCUUUAUACGGCCUGGCACAAUAAUAAUACCACUCUCAUAGCCGUCCCCCCCUCCAGCUCCCACAGAGUAGGAGUGUAUCUGGACUGGCCAGUCGGCUCUCUGUCCUUCUACAGAGUCUCCUCUGACUCACUGACCCACCUGUACACAUAUCACACCACAUUCACUGAGCCCCUCUAUCCAGGGUUUCUGGUUUAUGACUCCUCAGUGUCCCUGUGUCAGGAGGUCCCUGUGUCAGGAGGUCCCUGUGUCAGGAGGUCCCUGUGUCAGGAGGUCCCUGUGUCAGGAGGUCCCUGUGUCAGGAGGUCCCUGUGUGAAACACAACUUGGACCUGCUGAGGUCUGAGCGCGACUUCUGUUUGUUGUUGGGAGCUGGAAGCUGAACGAGAGGUUUAUUGUUUUUGUAAAGCUGACCGUGUUUUUAUAUUGUUUUAUUUUAUGAUCCUGCAGCACUGUUGGGCUUAGUUGCUGUGACUGCUGCUGUCUGUCCCGGGUAUUGUAAUGUUUUUAAAAUUGUAUAAACUGCCUUAAUUUUGCUGGACCCCAGGAAGAAGAGAUGCUGCCUUGGCAGCUAAUGGGGAUCCACAAUAAAUACAAACACAAAAUAAAAAUACAACAUGGCGUUUCCCUUUAAUCAUGGUUCAGUAUGACAUCAUGGUUCAGUAUGACAUCAUGGUUCAGUACGACAUCAUGGUUCAGUACGACAUCAUGGUUCAGUACGACGUCAUGGUUCAGUACGACAUCAUGGUUCAGUACGACAUCAUGGUUCAGUACGACAUCAUGGUUCAGUAUGACAUCAUGGUUCAGUAUGACAUCAUGGUUCAGUACGACAUCGUGGUUUAGUACGACACUCUUAGAACAGCUCUCUAGUGUGUAAAUGAUUGUAAAUAUUCAUGAAUAAACACCAUUGACGUUGACAGACAUUGUCAUUAAUAGAAUGAAUCACCACACUGUGUUGUAAAAACUGUUUUCAUUUAGAAAUCACUGAUCUUGUUGUUAUUGGACUUCUUGGUGUUUGUAAAUAUUGUUGUCUGUAGAAUGUUUAUUUGUCAAAUUCUUGACACAACAAUCUUGUUUGUAUUUAAACUCAAUUCCACUGAAUGUAAUGUACAUGUGACAGAUGUGACUAAUAAAGUUAA